AUGGAAGAAAGUCAAAGAGCCUUGGUAGUGGACUCCUAUGUUCUGCUCGUUGCACAAAAAGAUGAUUCACAAUACAAGGGACUGCUAUCGCUUCAAUCCUCCAUUGGACCGCCCCUCUCGUCAGGAACGGAGAAGAUUAACAGGAAGCUCGGCGACUGGACGUGCGGGUCCUGCGACCACCUCAACUUCAGUCGCCGCGACUCGUGCCAGAAGUGCGGCGACCCACGGAUGAGCGCCGGCGACCCCCGCUCCGACUAUACCAGCUUCGGCCGCCGCGGCGGAGGCUCCUCCAACGGAUUUGGCGGCGGCGCCGACGUCCGCCCCGGCGACUGGUACUGCGCCUGCGCAGCCCACAACUUCGCCAGCCGCGCCACCUGCUUCAAGUGCGGCGCGUUCAAGGACGACUCCUCGGGAAGCGGGAGGUUCGACGACGACGCGAGAGAGAGCUCCCGGGGGCACGGCGGCAGACGUGCCGGGUGGAAGUCCGGUGAUUGGAUAUGCCACAGAUCUGGUUGCAAUGAGCACAACUUCGCAAACAGAGUGGAAUGCUUCCGCUGCAGUGCACCAAGAGAAUAUGGUAAUUACAUGAUCAUAUAUGUUAUAUCAGUCACUGAAUUUAUCCAAUUUUUCCCCUCAAAGCACUGGGCUUUAAGCUGUGCUGGGACAGAGACACAGAGUACUGCAGAUGGAUUAAGAUUUUAA